AUGCACUCUAGUUGGUGUGUAUCUCUUUCGGAGUCUCAUGUUCCUUUUCCUCCUUUUGCAGGGAGUUCAAUGGAGGACUACAUGCAGUAUUUGGGCGGGACAGUGGGCGUGGCCACGCUGACCGGAGCCGCGGCGGCCGCCGCCCUCUACAUGGCCUGGAGCCCCACCCCCAUGGUACCGCCCGUGGACAUCGAUGACCAAUCAGCAGAAGUGCCGGAUGGGAGUGGAGCCCGCCAGUCCCGCCUGGCUCCCCCUGGCGGCAUGACGGACUUCCUGUAUGAAGAUGCCAAGACGCUGCUCCAGAUGAUGGAGAGGGGACACAGGAUUUCCGGCAACGGAAAUUGUCUGGGCUUCCGUGGUUCCGAACCCGAAUACUCCUGGCUCACCUAUGGAGAGGUGAUUGAGCGGGCCAGGAACUUUUCUGCUGGCCUGGUGGCCAUAGGCAUGCGCCCAGGACAGGACUCUUUCGUCGGAAUCUACGCACAGAACUGCGUCGAGUGGAUCCUGACCGAACAGGCCUGCUACAACCAAUCGGCAGUCAUCGUUCCCCUCUACGAUACCCUGGGACCCAAUGCUUGCUCCUUCAUCAUCAACCAAGCGGAGAUCGGCAUCGUGGUGUGCGACAAGGAAGAGAAGGUCAAGUCCCUAUUAGAGCAGAGGGACCAGACGCCCUGUCUUCGCCACGUGGUGGUCACUGGACCCGUGUCAGAAGAAAUGAGGAAACUCGCCAGGGACAUACGGCUGUACUCCUUCCAGGAGAUAGAGGAUAUCGGUAAAGAAAAUCCCAUACCCACACAGCCCCCUCUUCCCGAUGAUGUGGCCACAGUCUGCUACACUAGCGGCACAACGGGGGACCCCAAGGGCGUGGUGCUCACCCAUGCCAACAUAAUCAUCGAUGCCUGUGCAGUCAUCGCUCAGCUUGAAGAACACGCUCCCAACAAGAGUGACGUCAUGAUGUCCUUCUUGCCCCUGGCACACAUGUUGGAGAGGCUCUGUGAGGUGACUGUGUACAUCAACGGGGGCAGCCUGGGGUUCUACCGGGGGGACAUCCGUCUGCUGAUGGAGGACAUGAAGACCCUGAGGCCCACCAUCACACCCGCAGUGCCCAGACUACUCAACAGGAUAUACGACAAGGUGCAGGCGAAGCUGAACGGGAGCAAGCUCAAGCGACUGCUCUUCAACCUGGCAUUCCGGAUGAAACAGUCAGAACUCGAAAGGUUCGUGAUCCGCAACAACAGCGUGUGGGACCGCCUGGUGUUCCGCCCCGUGAGGGAGGGGAUGGGGGGGAGGGUGAGGCUGCUGGUGUGCGGCUCCGCCCCCCUGGCCGGGAACGUCCUCACCUUCAUCCGAUGCGCCAUGGGAUGCGUGGUGGUGGAAGGAUACGGACAGACAGAAUGUGUGGCUCCCUGCACCCUCAACAUCCAGGGAGACUUCUCUGUCGGUCAGGUGGGGCCCCCCAUUUCUUGCUGCCACAUCAAACUGGUGGACGUCCCGGAGAUGGAAUAUUUUGCCCAAAAGGGACAGGGCGAGGUGUGCAUCAAGGGUCGCAACGUGUUCAAGUGCUACUUCAAGGACCCCCAGAAGACGAAGGAGACCAUCGACGAGGAGGGGUGGCUGCACACGGGAGACAUCGGGAUGUGGCUGCCGAAUGGCACCCUGAGGCUGGUGGAUCGCAAGAAGAACAUCUUCAAGCUGGCCCAGGGGGAGUACAUCGCCCCCGAGAAGAUAGAGAACAUCUACCUCUCCAGCCCCUACGUAUCACAGAUAUUCGUGCACGGAGAGAGCCUGCAGAGCUGCCUGGUGGCUGUGGUGGUCCCCGACAUGGAGAAUGUGGUGUCCUGGUGCAAAGAGAAGGGAAUCUCCUACAACCCCUGGGAGCAAGUCUGCAGAGAUAAGAACGUGAAGCGACUGAUCCUCGAUGACAUCACUGCCCUGGGCAAGAAGGCUGGACUCAAGUCCUUCGAGCAGGUGAAGGACAUCUACGUGCACCACGAGCUGUUCAGCGUGGACAACGGGCUGCUGACCCCCACCCUCAAGACCAAGCGCCCCGACUGCCGCAGGAGCUUCGUAGACCGCAUCGAGGCCAUGUACGCCCUCAUGGCGUGACCUCCCCUCCGAAGGAAGUCAGCGUGACCUCCCCUCGCCCGAGAGACGCCGCCUGUACAUUGACGCGCCCCCGUCUUCCUCCCCGGCGAGUACGGCUUCGGACUGCGCAGCGAGGAGGGGGGAUGU